CCAUAUUUCACUCUUCAUGUCAUACGAGUGACACUGUGACAGACAGACCCUUAGUGACUCAUCGCAAUCAGGCCUGAAUCGCCUGAUCACAUUUCACAAGUAUUUACUGUGACACACACGACAUUAACUAAUUAUGUCCCACUGCCACAAUAUACACGGUCACGUCAAUAUGCAAUCCACUUCUCGAAGAUGGCGAUUCUACACGCCAGCGAUGCUGGAUGCCUUAAAUGAACUACUUAAGGAAAUACAAGCGGUCUUACGCUUCGCUCUAAUUGAUCGGCGCUACAAUUUUCUACUUAUGGACACAUUCAUGUACAAAUGUCUGGGUGUGUUGGGCACGCAGGAUCCAAACUUGUAUAUGGAUAUGGGAUUCCAGAUACAUGUUCAAGUUUACAGAGGCCGUCAAAAAUAUACAGUGGAAGAUACAUUCGAGUGGUACGCUAGUACCGGCUGUAUAGGUCGGUAUCAAAACAUACAUAAAACAGACUUUAAUGAACACCUCCCAAGUCGGCAAUGCAGCUGUAGUAUUAUUGCAGGGCAAAUUAUACGGCGAAGAAGAUUAUCCCGUCCGCAUUGCACUACUCGUCAUACUUACUCUCUGAGCUCAUACUUAGAAAAUAUACUCUCUGAGCGACAGGAGGUCGGCAAAAUACUAAAAGAUAUUAGUGCAACCAUG